AUGGAGGCCCCUAUCGAUCGUCUCAACGACGAUACUUUGCUUGCCAUCCUCUCCCAUCUCAAGAAGCAAGACCUCUGCGCCUUGUCGCUCACCUCCAAACACUUCCAUGCGAUUUCCUCUCCAAGGCUCUGGACAGUCAUUUCGACGAAACGUGCUUCAUACGUCUCCUGGUUGCAUGGGAACAUCGGCACUAACGCUCGUUAUGUUCGUGAGAUGACGAUCAAUGUCGACGAAAAGGCACCUAUGCUCCCCGAUGUCCUGUUCGCAACCAAGAAUAUCCAUUUCUUUGUGAUAUACCUUGCGGGGCUGUGCGAUCUCCGGACAUUCGUUUGCGGCAUGGUCGAGGACGAAAUGUUGCCGACGAUCCAAGGCAUCUCUCACAAUCUCACAAACCUCGGUCUAAGCUAUCAAUAUAAGAACUUUUCCGACCACCUCACCCCCCUCAUCUCCCUCAUCAGAUCAUUUCCUCGCCUGCAUGAUCUCAUUCUACAUUACAUUCAGCAGGCAAAUACUAUCGACAUCGCCAACCACCCACCAUUCCCCUCCAUCCAGCGGCUCAUCCUGACCGAGGUCACCGAGCCUGCAACGGAUCUCGUUUGUCUCUGCCCCAACGUCUCUGCCCUGAAAAUAUGUCUCUUCUCCACCUUUGGGAAAGGGCUCAACAAAUUCGAUGAAUCUCGACCAAAGUGGCGCCUCUCGUCGAUCCCUCAAGUCGUGCUCUCCGUUCCGUGCACGGAGGGCAGAGACUCCACGGUCUCUUUUCUGGAACGGUGGGCCUUCCGCGCGACGCACGCUCGACUGCCCAUGCUCUGGCAUUUCACGGCUGACGGCAUCUCGUUCACUGAGGGCGAAGCCGCGUCCCGACUGACGCGCGUUCUCGACGUGCUCAAGCCGCACUCCCUCCACCUGGAGAUAUCGGCGAGGGGGCGCGACAAGAGGCUGUCUGAUACCGACCGGACCGGGACUCUCUGGCAAGAGGUCGCCGCAGCCGCCCCGCACCUGCGCGCGCUCGUGCUCCACGUGCAGUCAUUCGACGACGGCGAGCGGCCGCGGGAGCUUUGGACGCCCCCGGACGCGCUCGUGGCGGAGCUCGCCCGGCUCCCGCUCUUCGGCGUCCGUCUCAAUGCGGACACGCAAUUGUUGAAGUGCAAGGCGGACGCGGACCAUCGCCAGCGCAUCCGCGCGCUCGCCGCGUUCCCCGAGAAGCUCGCCGCGGCCAGUCCGACACUGCGCGUCGUCGGCGUGUCGGACGGGUGGCGGAAGUUGGAGGGCAUGCGAUCCGAGCGGUGGUGGCGCGUCGAGCGCGGCGACGGCGACGGCGGGUCGCGGUCGCUGGUCGAGCUCUGGCGCGAGGACGGGGGGCGGGCACUGGAGCUCGUGCUGAACGAGGCGUUUUGUGUGUCCGACCUUGACGAAAUUUACUUGGGGAAGUGCCGUUACGUGAGGAGCCAUCACGAUGUCCUCUUCGAUGUUCACCGGCUCAACGAAGACGUCCUGCUUGCCGUCCUCUCUUAUCUUCCAGGCAACAACGCGGUACAACUCGCUUACGAAGGCAUAAAGGCCGUGAGCGACAUCCUCGGGACCGCCAAAAACCUCCGCCAGCUGAGUCUCUCUACCGUCAUUCGGAAAGGUUGGAUGGAAUAUCCGUCGAUCGUCCACGCUCUCACUCAAAUGAAGAAUCUGCGAGCACUCUAUUAUUCUCCAAUCUGCCUCGACGACGUACUUCCGAUGAUCCAAUCCAUCCCCUCGCCCAACCUCGUCCACCUCAGUCUUUCGUACGAUUUCAACAAUCACGAUUUCCCUCCUCUGCUCUCGGUACUGAAAUCGUUCCCGAAGCUCCCUACACUCGCCUUGAACAGCUUCCUGCCAGGUCCGACUCUUCUCGACACUACCCAGACAUCGUUCCCGUCCAUCCGGCAUCUCUCCCUCACGGACGUGUCCGUCGCCGCCACGGAUAUUCUCUACCUCUGCCCCAACCUCGGCACGAUCGAAUUCUCCCCAAACGACGAACAACGGUCCAUGCAAGGCCACACGGAUCCCCGGCCGAGAUGGCCCAAGGUCUCCCGCCUCACUGUGGACAUCGGCCGCGCGACAAGAUGGGGCGGAGACGCCGAUGCACCCAACGCCGAGCCGCAGAUCGUCGUCGUUGAGCUGUUCGAGCGCCGUGCAAGCCCCGUCCCGCACCUCGAGCUCUCCUGCGAGUGGGAGCUCACCCGCAACGGCGUUGCCGCCGUCGACGCCGACACGUCGCGCCGCCUCAUGUGCCUCCUCGCCGCGCUCCAACCCCGCGCACUCACGCUCCCAGUGCACGCCGGCUUCAACCAGAGCCCGGACAAGAGGCUCGACGGCUGGAUGUGGACCGAGGUGGCGGGCGUUCUCCCGCACCUGCGCGCGCUCACCCUGCGCCACAUUUACCCCAACGAAUGGGUUCCCCCGGACACGCUGCCGGCGGCGCUGGCGCAGCUCCCGCUCCACUGUCUGUUCAUCGACGCCAGCCCUCCGGAGAUUGACAGGUUCAACCGGGCCCCCUAUAGAGAGCUAGAGCGUGUCAAAGUGCUUGGCGCGCUCCCCGCGAAGCUGCUUGCCGCGCUCACGAAGAUACGCGUUCUGGGCAUCAAGGGGAUAGCCGCGCUUCCCUCAAGCUCGUUGAAUUCCAAUGAAAAGCGGUGGCUGACGGAGGUGGAUGAGUGGAGGAAGCAGCACGGUGAACGGAACACGCGUUGGUGGCGGGUAGACGGUGUAGGUGAGGAGCGAAAAUUGGUCGAGCUCUGGCGCGAGUACGGCGAGCAAGCGCAGCGGAUCAUCGAAGAUUCCGAGACGUAUCGCGUCGCAGACCUUGACGCUAUAUACUUGGACAGGUGCCGGUACGAGCCCUGA